ACGGCCCGGGCUCCCACGAGCUGCGGGACUGACGGCCGCGGCCAUGGCGAGCGCCUCGUAUCACAUCUCCAACCUCCUGGAGAAGAUGACCUCGAGCGACAAGGACUUCAGGUUUAUGGCUACCAAUGACUUGAUGACAGAAUUGCAGAAAGACUCGAUUAAGUUGGAUGAUGACAGUGAACGAAAGGUGGUGAAGAUGAUCCUGAAAUUGUUAGAAGAUAAAAAUGGUGAAGUGCAGAAUCUGGCUGUUAAAUGCCUUGGUCCACUGGUUAGCAAAGUGAAGGAAUAUCAGGUGGAAACUAUUGUGGACACCCUGUGUACUAACAUGCUGUCGGACAAAGAACAGUUACGAGAUAUUUCCAGCAUUGGACUGAAAACUGUAAUUGGAGAGCUACCUCCAGCCUCCAGUGGAUCUGCUUUAGCAGCCAAUGUUUGUAAAAAGAUAACAGGACGUCUCACUAGUGCCAUAGCCAAACAAGAAGAUGUCUCUGUUCAGUUAGAAGCACUGGACAUAAUGGCAGAUAUGCUAAGCAGGCAAGGAGGUCUGCUGGUUAAUUUCCACCCGUCUAUUCUGAACUGUCUCCUUCCUCAGCUGACCAGUCCACGGCUAGCUGUUCGGAAGAGAACCAUCAUCGCUCUUGGUCACCUUGUCAUGAGCUGUGGAAAUCUGGUUUUCAUUGACCUAAUUGAGCAUCUAUUGGCUGAACUUGCCAAAAAUGAUUCUAUGUCUACAACUCGGACCUAUAUUCAAUGCAUUGCAGCUAUUAGUAGACAAGCAGGGCACCGAAUAGGGGAGUACCUGGAGAAAAUCAUUCCAUUAGUCGUUAAGUUCUGUAGUGUAGAGGAUGACGAAUUGAGAGAAUACUGCAUUCAAGCCUUUGAAUCCUUUGUGAGAAGGUGUCCAAAAGAAGUAUUUCCUCACGUCACAACUGUUAUUAACCUGUGCCUGAAGUACUUGACUUAUGAUCCGAAUUACAAUUACGAUGAUGACGAUGAGGAUGAAAGUGCAAUGGAAUCUGAAGGUGGAGAUGAUGAUGAUCAAGGAAGUGAUGAUGAGUAUAGUGAUGACGAUGAUAUGAGCUGGAAGGUACGACGUGCUGCCGCCAAGUGUUUAGAUGGGGUGGUCAGCACUCGACAUGAAAUGCUACCAGAGUUUUAUAAAACUGUGUCUCCUGCACUGAUUGCCAGAUUUAAGGAACGUGAAGAGAAUGUUAAAGCAGAUGUUUUCCAUGCAUAUCUCUCACUGCUGAAACAGACCAGGCCAGCUCAGAGCUGGCAUCUUGACCCAGAUGCAAUGGAACAGGAAGAAACUCCUUUGACCAUGCUUCAGAAUCAAGUUCCCAACAUUGUCAAAGCUUUGCACAAGCAGAUGAAGGAGAAAAGUGUGAAGACCCGCCAAUGCUGCUUUCACAUGCUGACUGAACUGGUGAAUGUGUUGCCUGGGGCUUUAACGCAGCAUGUGCCAGUUCUUGUGCCGGGAAUAAUAUUUUCAUUGAAUGAUAAAUCCAGCUCAUCCAACCUGAAGAUUGAUGCACUCUCGUGCUUGUAUGUCGUCCUGUGUAAUCACUCACCUCAGGUCUUCCAUUCUCAUGUGGAGGUUUUAGUCUUGCCUGUUGUAGCCUGCGUCGGUGAUCCUUUCUACAAGAUCACUUCAGAAGCUCUUCUGGUUACUCAACAGCUUGUAAAAGUGAUACGGCCAGUAGAUCAUCAGUGUUCUUUUGAUGCUGCUCCAUACAUUAAGGAUUUAUUCACUUGUACAGUGAAGCGCUUGAAAGCUGCUGACAUUGAUCAAGAAGUGAAAGAGCGAGCUAUCUCUUGUAUGGGACAAAUCAUUUGUAAUCUUGGAGACCAUUUAGGCAGUGACUUACCAAACACCCUACAGAUUUUCUUGGAAAGACUGAAGAAUGAAAUUACUAGGCUUACAACAGUGAAAGCCUUGACUUUAAUUGCUGGAUCUUCUCUCAAGAUCGAUCUACGUCCAGUCCUAGGUGAAGGAGUUCCAAUCUUGGCCUCUUUUCUGAGAAAGAACCAGCGAGCGCUGAAGCUAAGCACCCUUUUGGCUUUAGAUAUCGUGAUAAAGAACUACAGUGACAGUUUAACACCUGCCAUGAUCGAAGCUGUUCUAGUGGAACUCCCACCUCUUAUUAGUGAAAGCGAUAUGCAUGUGUCACAGAUGGCCAUAAGCUUUCUUACCACCUUAGCCAAAGUGCAUCCAUCUUCCCUUUCAAAGGUCAGUGGUUCUAUACUCACUGAGCUUAUUGGACUUGUACGGUCACCGUUGCUUCAAGGAGGAGCCCUCAGUGCAAUGCUAGACUUCUUCCAAGCUCUAGUUGGGACUGGAACUGCAAACCUAGGUUACAUGGAAUUGCUGCGUAUGUUGACUGGUCCAGUUUAUUCUCAAAGCAAUGCAUUGACCCACAAGCAGUCCUAUUACUCAAUUGCUAAGUGUGUAGCAGCCCUUACCCGAGCCUGCCCGAAAGAAGGACCUGCUGUAGUUGGACAGUUUAUCCAGGAUGUGAAGAAUUCUAGAUCAACUGAUUCUAUUCGACUCCUAGCUUUACUGUCGCUUGGAGAGGUUGGACACCAUAUUGAUUUAAGUGGGCAGGCUGAACUUAAAUCUGUAAUCCUUGAAGCUUUCUCUUCCCCAAGUGAAGAGGUUAAAUCUGCAGCCUCCUAUGCCCUUGGAAGCAUUAGUGUUGGGAACCUUCCUGAGUAUCUGCCUUUUGUUCUGCAAGAAAUAAGUAGCCAGCCAAGAAGACAAUACCUCCUCCUGCACUCCUUGAAAGAAAUUAUUAGCUCUUCCUCAGUUGAAGGCCUUAAACCAUAUGUAGAAAAUAUUUGGACUUUGUUGCUGAAACAUUGUGAAUGUGCGGAAGAGGGAACUCGGAAUGUUGUUGCCGAAUGCCUGGGCAAGCUUACUUUGAUAGAUCCAGAAACAUUGCUACCGCGACUUAAGGGGUACUUGGAGUCAGGAUCUUCCUAUGCUCGAAGCUCUGUGGUUACAGCUGUGAAAUUUACCAUUUCUGAUCACCCACAGCCAAUAGACCCUCUGUUGAAGAACUGCAUUGGUGAUUUCCUGAAAACUUUGGAAGAUCCAGAUCUCAAUGUGAGAAGAGUGGCAUUAGUUACUUUCAAUUCAGCUGCACACAAUAAACCAUCGCUCAUCAGGGACCUUUUAGAUACUGUUCUUCCACAUCUCUAUAAUGAAACAAAAGUUCGAAAGGAAUUGAUCAGAGAGGUGGAAAUGGGACCAUUCAAGCAUACUGUGGAUGAUGGCUUGGAUAUCAGGAAAGCAGCUUUUGAAUGCAUGUAUACACUCCUAGACAGCUGUCUUGAUAGACUAGACAUUUUUGAAUUCCUAAACCACGUUGAAGAUGGACUUAAGGACCAUUAUGACAUCAAGAUGCUGACCUUCCUGAUGUUAGUCCGACUUUCGACCCUUUGUCCAAGUGCAGUUCUACAACGAUUGGACAGGCUGGUGGAACCUUUGCGGGCUACCUGUACAACCAAGGUGAAAGCCAACUCUGUGAAGCAGGAGUUUGAGAAGCAAGAUGAACUGAAACGCUCAGCCAUGAGGGCAGUUGCAGCACUACUGACCAUUCCUGAAGCAGAGAAGAGUCCACUUAUGAGUGAAUUCCAAUCUCAAAUAAGCUCCAACCCUGAAUUGGCAGCCAUUUUUGAGAGCAUCCAAAAGGACUCUUCUUCCACUAACUUGGAGUCGAUGGACACUACCUGAAUCUUUUCUUCCAAAGGAGGAAUCUUUCAUUCUUGUUUUGAUGUAAUGCACUGGAAUUUCAGUCUGUACGCAAGCAAAAAAAAUCAGUACUUUAAGCUUCAAACUUAUCCAUUAAUUUUUACUUUUAUGGAAAUUACAAGUUUGUUUCUUUCGUUUAAUGUUGCUUUCUUAGUGUUUAAUCGAGAAAGUCCUUGUAGUUAAAGUGAACAAUGAGUGUAAAUUACACAGAGCAUUUCAGUUGUGAUACCACAUAAAAUUCAGCAGUAUUUUAGAAAGGAAAGGAAAUUGUAGCAGUAGAUUGUGAACUAGGUAUCCACUAAAGAUAGUGAUGUGCUGACUGAACUUGGAUUAUAACUGUUGAGCUUUACUCUAGGAUUUUCUUCCUGCAACAGAGUUCAUGCCAUUUAUCUUGUUAAAAUGUGAUUUUUGUAAGAAAAAAAAGAAAAACUUUGUUCAUCUCUGCCUGCUGUUUUUGUUUCAGCUUGCUAAACAAAUAGUUAAAGAACUCUGCUUUGUGAGAUUUAUUAUAUUAAAAUGGUUUGGCAAAGGCCUUGCAUCAUA